GCAGACGGACUGGGGAGGCUAGCUUGUCCUGUGGAUAGUUAAGGCGCGCAUAAACGCGCUCUUGCCACAAUAUUGUCCCAAUCCCUGCCACCAAUAAAACAGCGCAUAAGAUGGCGCCCGAGCUACUCCGUCGCCGCCCGCCACCCUGGAUGAGCAUACCGACGAAAGCGCACGGCUCCUCGCUGAGCAUCUCCUUCAAGACCGACCCCUUCCUCAUCACCCUCCCUAGAGCCGUCGACCCACACGGGACUUGCCUAGCGCUCCUCGCCCGCGCCACAUACAAGGACCUCAUCUCCCAGCCGAGCUACCCGCGCCCGGUCCUGCGCCCGCCCUCCAUUCUGCACCGCGUCGCACCCGCGGCGGGCGCGGGCCUGGGCGUCUUCGCAGUGCACGACCUCGGCGCGGGCGAGCUCGUCUUCUCGGAACGACCGCUGCUGGUCGUGCCCACCAGCGUGACGGAAUGCGAGUGGGAGGCCUGCGCGGCUCGCCUGCCACCCGCGGCGCUCGGUGCCCUCGUCGCGCUCGCCGACGUCGACCCGCGCGGUGGGGGCCGCCCCGCCGCGCGCCGCAUACGCACGAACGGCGUGCGCGUGCCGUCCCUCUGCGACUCUGGCACCGACUACCUCGCGGUCGGCGCGCUCUCUGCCCGCGUGAAUCACAGCUGCGCGCCGAACGCCGUGCUGCGCUUCGACAGCCGCGCGCUCACGCUCGAGCUGCGCGUCCUGCGCGACGUGCGCGCGGGGGACGAGCUACGCGUCAGCUACGUCGACGCCGGGCUUCCGCUCGCCGCCCGGCGCGCUGCGCUCGCGCCCUGGCGCUUCGCCUGCGACUGCAGCUGCUGCGCGAGCGGGGACGCGGGCGACACGCUCCGCGCGCGCAUCCGCGUGCCCGACCUCAGGUUUAUCUCCUCGCCCGCCGUCGGGAUCCAGCGGUGCGUGCUGCAGCUCAUGCAGCUCGAGCGCGCGGGGCUGGAGGUGCUGGGGGCGUACGGGACGUGUCUGGGGCUGCUGGCGGGGCUGUAUGGGAGGAUUGGCGAUCGGAGGAAGGCGAAGGAAUACAAAAGGAAGACGGACGCGUGGACGUACGCGGUGAGGGGGGAGAUAGAAGGUCGAUCUUGACGAGUGCAUGUGUUCUGACGAGGGCGUGGGUUGAAGAACGAAAAUAGCACGGGAGUGAUAGUCGGACUAUGCAGUUGUCGGUCCCGCACGCA